CUUCCACCUCCCUCCAGCCAUGUCUCUCGGUGAUAACGCGACCUGGAAGGCCAUCAAGCCGUUCAUGAACGGUGGCCUCUCCGGCAUGGGUGCCACGUGCAUCAUUCAGCCCCUCGACAUCGUCAAGGUUCGCCUUCAGCUCGGUGCCACCGGCGGUCCCUUCGGCGUCGCCGCGGGUAUCAUCAAGAACGAUGGCUUCGGCGCCCUCUACACGGGUCUCUCCGCGGGUCUCCUCCGCCAGGCCACCUACACCACCGCGCGCCUCGGCAUUCACGCCAAGAUCGUCGACUACCUCAAGGAGGCGAACAAGGGCGCUCCCCUCCCCCUCGCGCAGAAAGCUGGCGCUGGUCUCGCCGCUGGCGGCCUCGGAGCCAUGUUCGGCUCCCCCGCGGAUCUCUCCCUCAUCCGCAUGCAGGCCGAUAAGACCCUCCCGGUGAACGAGCGCCGCAACUACACCGGCGUCGUCCACGCGCUGAGCGACAUCGUCAAGAAGGAGGGCGUCGGCGGUCUGUUCACCGGCGCCGGCACCACGUCCAUCCGCGCCAUGGCGCUGAACAUGGGCAUGCUCGCUUCCAACGACCAGGCCAAGGAGAUGAUGAAGGAGAACAACAUCACCGGUUUCCCCGCCACCCUCGGCGCGUCCGCCAUCGCCGGGUUCUUCGCGUCCUUCUUCUCCCUCCCCUUCGACUACGUCAAGACCCAGCUCCAGAAGCAGAAGCCCCUCCCCGACGGCACGCUGCCGUUCAAGGGCUUCGGCGACUGCUGCAUGAAGACCAUGGCGUCGGGCGGACCUCUCAAGUUCUACACCGGUUUCCCCACCUACUACGUCCGCAUUGCGCCCCACGCCAUGUUCACGCUGAUCAUCCUCGACCAGCUCAACACCUCGAUGAAGAAGGCCGGCCUGUAAGCGCCGCGACGGGUGUUGGUGUUGGGGAGAAAACAUUCUUGUAAGAUCUUGUGUUUAUUGUUUGCACGGCGAAAGACGGGGGCGGUGGCUCCCGGGCCUGGGCGGUGCGGCGGACGGGUUCGCGCCUUAUUAUAGACAUCCGAUCCGCUUUGUAAUGCCCAUGAAGUUCG